AACACAUAUCUGUCGCCUGUGGAAACGUCAUCAUAGAGCGACAACAUUAUUUUGUCGUUUUUAUAGCCUAAUGUUGAAAAUAAAGCUCAACAUUUGUUUUUUAUGCUAAGAUAUCAUUCUGGAAACUAUAUCAACUAAUUUUACAAGCAAUAUUUAUCUUAAAGUUCUAGUUUUAGUACUACUUUAGUACUAGUUUUCUUUAUUAAACAAAAUAAAAGACCCCGGAAGUGUGCUCUGCGUUUGUAAACACAUGGCUCCUAGUCGUGUCUGAUGCUCAAUUAUGCCCAAACUCUUUGAUAUAAAGUUCCCAGGAGGAUGUAAGACUCUUCCUGAAGGCUUCUGGUCGUCUGUGGACGUGUGGAUAAAGAAACCUCACGUUGUAAACAAGCGUCUGUGUGGAGUGAAGCAGACUGAGAGUAGAGAUGUGGACAGAAGAGAAGCUCUGAUGUUCCUGCAGGAUGAUCCUCAACUAGCUCAGGAUGUUCAGUCCUUCAUCACCUGCAGGGUUUCACCUGCUCAGACACACCAAGAGGAAACCCCCUGGUCCUCUAGUGUCAGGACAUUUAUUCCUAAAGUCAACAAGUAUGGGACAAAGCUGCAUAAAGAGGUUAUCAUCAAAGACUUUGGCAGACAACAAGUGACCUUUGUUCCAUUUGAAGAGGAUUCAGAAGGACAGGUGUCUCUGAAGAGGGGCAACAUUUAUCAGCUCCAGCUCCUCCAUCAGGACUGUGAGGAAUGGGCCUUGGAGCUGCACGUGUUGGCGUCAGACGCGUGGUUCUCCGAUGGCGUGGCGUACCCAAAGCUGCCCUGGCUGUCCUCCGAUCUGCUGCCUAAACUGGUGCGCUGGGCCACCGAGUGCAAGAGCAGCGAGUUCAAGAGCACCUUGUCUCUGCUGCCGGUAGAGAAGUACAGCGUCGUGUACCAGCAGCUGAAGGAGAAGUACAAGGCCAUGGUCAAGGCCUGGCCUGAGGUUACAGAUCCUGAGAAGUUUGUCUAUGAGGAUGUUGCAAUUGCUACAUAUCUCCUGGUGCUGUGGGCUGAGGAGCGAGCGGAGAAAAGUCUGACCGCCAGGCAGUCCUUCGUGGACCUGGGCUGUGGAAACGGCCUCCUGGUUCACAUACUGGCCAAUGAAGGGCAUCCUGGAAAGGGCAUCGACGUUCGGAGGAGGAAGAUCUGGGACAUGUACGGCCCCCAGACUCUGCUUGAGGAAAAGGCAAUUACUCCCAGCGAGAGCUUCUUAUUCCCGGGUACCGACUGGCUGAUUGGGAACCACUCGGACGAGCUCACACCGUGGAUCCCCGUUAUAGCUGCCAGGUCCUCUUCCUCCUGCCGGUACUUCGUCCUCCCCUGCUGUUUCUUCGACUUCUAUGCGAAAUACCAGAGACGCCAGUGUAAGAAGUCCCAGUAUAAGGAAUACAUCAACUUCAUCACGGAGGUCAGCCAAGUCAGUGGCUUCAACACUGAAGAGGACUGCCUGAGAAUACCAUCCACCAAAAGGGUGUGUCUGGUGGGAAAGUCGAGAAACUACCAGCUUUGUGACGAGGCAGAGGCAGAGCAGCGGAGAGCUCGUUACAUCCAGAGCCGUCAGACCGCCUCUGGGGCCACAGUUCAAAGGUCAGACAUCAGAAAUGAUGGGCACUGUUGCCAUGGGAACGAAGACACUGACAGGACCCCCGACAGCAAGUGGGGAGCGGGGUUCCAGCCCAGAGACAGGGUUGAAACGGUUCGAAACUGCGCUGCUCUCCCGCGGGACUUUGUUGACGGCAUUGUCCUGCAGGUUGCUAAUGUGCUCCUGGGAAUGACUGAAGAUUGUGGCAGCGGCGGCGGGUCCUCCGGUGACUGGAAUCAAGGAGGCAGCCUCUCUGUGAGCGAGGUCGCCGGGCUGCUGGAGCAGGAAACCCUGCAGCUCCUGAAGAAGGAGUGUGGAGGCCUUCAGACGCUGCUCAAGAACAACCACCAGGUCUUUAGAGUGGAAGGAGGGAGGGUGCACAUAAGAGACUGGCGGGACAGGAAGUCCUCCAGGGCGGACACCAAGAGGAAGCCCGUCGCCCCAGGCGCCCUGAAAACGCGCCCCUGCUGGUUCUACGACCACCACCCUCAGCGCUGCCCCCUGCAGGCCGAGCACUGCGCCUUCGCCCACGGAUCGGAUGACCUCCGACCCUCGACCAGACCUCUGAAGAAGAUGAAAAUCGAUGCCUUUUGAUUGGCUCAUUCCUCCUGACACACUUUAUUUAGUUGACUUUUAAAUUGAGAAACUACUUUUCUAAUUAACAGCAUUGACUCUUACCAUUGAUCCUCCUGGAAAAGUUCCCGCGUCCAGCUCUGCAACCACAAAGAGGAAGGAGUUCAGGUCCAAGCAGUGUGAGUUUUAUUGAUGCCACGUUGCAUCAUUUCUGGGAACUUCACAGUCUCCUCUUUCUUCUGUGUGAGGCUGCCAAAAUGUGAUGCUUCCUGGUGCAGCUUUAGGUUUCACUGUUGGAGCUGGCUGACACCUCUGGCUCAUGUCGUCUGCUGAAAUUUAAUUUCAAGGGAUUCUUUUGUCUUUCUUUUUUUAUUAAUUUAAGAAGUGGACUUUUGUUGAACUCGGAAAAUUGUACACUUUCUGUAUAUUAAAGUGUAUUUCAAGCUU